CUGCCUGUGAGGAGAUUUAGUGAGAGCAAAGACGAGAUGUCGACGCUGUCUUCUGAGAGCAGCCCCGAGGAUGUCAACAAUCGCAGCUUCUGGAUGGCCCUCACGGAUCUGACAGAAAGAGAGGAGCGGGAGCGGGAGGGACUGGUGGAGCGGGGCCAGGAAAAUUGCGGAGAUUUCCAAAUUCCACAUCCACAAACAACACGCGUGCUUUUUGAAUCUGCUUUAGCAUUCAGGGCCCUCUCGGCCUCCCCUCAGCAGACUCAUGGCGGCCCACCGCUGCCUGGGAACUAUCAGCGCACGGUGAGGCGCACGGAGGAUUCCUUCCAGGCCUGCAACGACAUCGUGGCGUGCUUCCAGGAGAGGGCCCGCGUGGAGAGGCAGUACGCCCAGCAGCUCAGCGAGUGGAGCAACAAGUGGAAACCAGUUGUGGACUCCAGUCCUCUGUACGGCUCUCUUCUGAAGGCCUGGCAGUGUUUCCUGUCCUCCGCUGACCGGCUGGCCUCCUUACACGCCUCCAUCUGCCGCUCCCUGGUGUCGGAAGACGGGGACCGGGUCAGGACCUGGCAGAAGGACACCUUUCACAAGAAGUUGUUCGGAGGCUUCAAGGAGUCCCAGGACAUCGAGACGGGGUUCGCACGCGCUCAGAAGCCCUGGGCCAAACGGCUGAAAAAGCUGGACAAAGCCAGGAGGGCUUAUCACAAAGUGAGCCGCAAGGAGCAGGCAGCCAGGGAGCGAGAGGCGCACGCUCAGGGAAACCCGGACGUGGCCAUCGACAAACAGAAGAAGAUCCAGGAGGAGAGAGAGGUGGCUCAACAGGAGGCCGAGAAGGUCCGUGUCCGCUAUGAGAAGGUCCUGGAGGAGGUGAACCGCUAUGCUCCUCGCUACAUGGAGGAGAUGGAGUCCAUCUUCGACCAGUCACAGGACGAGGAGCGGAAGAGGAUCGUCUUCCUCAAACAGGCCCUCCUCUCCAUCCACAAGCACCUGGACGUUACCAACGACGAGAGUGUGAGAGCCGUGUACAGCGAACUCCACAACACUCUGAUGGCCAUCGACGAGCAAGAGGACCUCCGCUGGUGGAAGAACACUCAUGGGCCCGGCAUGCCGACCGACUGGCCCCACUUCCAGGAGUGGACGCCUGAAAAGAAAGCCAAAAAAGGGAAGAAAGAAGUGGAAAAGAAGGAAGCAAUAGAGAGAAGUGUGAUGAUUGGAGGAGUGAAAGUCAGAGCUUUGUAUGAUUAUGCAGGCCAGGAGACCGAUGAGCUGUCCUUUAAAGCAGGCGAAGAGUUUCUGAAGAUCGAGGAUGAGGAUGACCAGGGCUGGUGUCGGGGGAUGAAGGAUGAUGGGUGGGAGGGGCUGUACCCCGCCAACUACGUCGAGGUGGUAUAGGGUCUGUAGGAAUAAUGAAUACGUCAAGUACGGAUGCAUCAAACGCUUCAUUUUGCAGCUUGAUUAAACGUCUAACUGUCAGAAAGAUUAAGCAGUGCUGUAAAAAUCACCACCGUUAGCCAAAGAGAGGAGAGCGAUCCCAGCUGUGGGAGGUUUAAAAAACUAACCAGGUUUUUUUUUUUAUCUCUGAGGAGGCUUUUGAAAAAAAAUGUUUUAAUAUAUACGGCAUGCGUAAACCACUUGUAUCAAAGCCACAUGUCUACGAUGCUUUAAUGUAAGAAAAAUAACCAUAUGCUGGAAUCUAAAGGUACAAUAACACAUUUGGUGCUGAAAAUGACUCACAGGAAUGCAGUUUUUUACCUUUCUUUUUGUCACCAAGCUUUUGUAUAGAUAAAAAAAGAUCCCCCACAUGGGAGAAAAUGCUAAAACCGACACACACCCUUGAGUCCCUGGCACUUUAGUUUGCACCCUUUCAAUGUUUAAAGGGAUUUUUAACCAAAACACUUCAAAUCUAAUCUUCUCGACCUAAUUGAUUUGACCUAAAAGGUGAAAUUCAUAUAGUUUAUGAUAAACCCUGAGAGAAAAUACUCAACCCUGAAGCUUUUACUGAGCUUUACUCCAACACUUACAAUCAUCCUCACUUGUGCUGUUUGAGACUAAAUUCAGGACACUCCUGCAAAUGGAUUGCUCUUGAAAAUAGUCAGGAGGCUGUCAGCUGUCCUCCAAACACUGUUAUUACUAUCAUUAUUGUUAACAAAUGAGGUACCCCAAAUGAAAUCCACAUAUCACAUGUAUUCCUUUUUGCCUGACUCUCUGUUGGGCCAUCGUAGUAAACAUCAGAGAGUAAUUUGGACUUGAUGAAUAAAUGAUGGUCAUUUCCCACAGGUUUGACAACAAAGAAUAUCAUAGGUUGUUCCCGAUGGCCAUUAAAAACGUUCAUUUUAAAGCAUUCUUUUAUGUAAAAGUGUAAAAGUGAGGUGAGGUCCUGCUUUUCACAUUUGGACGGGUUGCUGAGUCCCCCCCCCCCC